AUGUUGGUGGUAGAGUAUGAACACAAGUUCAACGAGCUGUCGAGAUUUGCACCAGAGUUGGUGGCUACUGAAGAGGAUAGGUGCAGACGCUUUGAGGGAGGUUUAUGGUGGGAGAUUCAGGCAGUGGUGACUGCCAACACUUAUCCUAACAUGAGGGCUUUGGCUCAGGCUGCUGACAGGGUGUCUAGAAGAUGUGCUAUGGAUGCGAGUAGGCGUCGCAAAGAUGGGUCAGGGAUCGGUGGGCCGCGCCAAGGUCCAUCAAAGAGAGGAGGAUCUAGCUCCAGUUUUGCCAGCGGCGGAUAA